UCCUGUGAUUGAGGAGGAAGCGAAAUGACAUUCAAUGUGAGUGUUUAAGAAGAUGGCAGCGGCUAAUUCGGCCCGAAUGUCAUCCCAAAAGGGGCGAUUAGUCGACGUAAACAAUUUCCAGUACAAAAUCUCAUAAUUGCCCAGCGACCCUUGGCUUGAUUUCUUACUACCAUGUCCCGUUCUCCGUCGAUGCAUCGUCUUUCGUCGUCGAGCUCCAAGGAGCAGCAGGACCUCAUCAAUGCGUACGAAGCUGAAGAAGAAAGGCUCAUUAACCUGCUGUCGAGGAAACUGGAAAAGUUACGCGAGGAGAAGAUUGAGCUCGAGAAUACCCUUGAGGCGGAAUCUGAGUCCCAUGUCAACAGGCUGUCGAGGCAGCUCACCGCCCUGCUAGGUCAACACGAGAACGGCGGGAGCUCGUCGACUCCCGGAAGGGCGGGGUCGCUGAGUGAUCCGAGCGUGGAAACGAUGCUGGAGUCGCUACGCCGUGAAAACGAGCAACUGAGGAACCGCCUCGUCGAUACGGAGCGAGACUUUAUUCGGGUGUCGAGGCUGAACGACAUAUACCGGGAGGAGCUCAUUGAGCAUAGGAUGCGCUUGGGUGUACCGGUCGACAACCUUGUAGGACUACACUCGGCAGAUCCUUUCUCUCAGCCAUUACAUCGCAAACCGUCGUACCCGAAUGCUUCGCCGUCCAACUCUGUCCUCCAUAUACCCACUCACCGCUCAUCGACCCAGAUUCCAAUAGCCCGACCAUCGUCUAUUAGACGAGUCAACACGAAUCCUUCUUCGGAACAGCUGUCUGAAACCCAGUCUCCGGAAUCGCCAGAGUCUCCGUUCCCUCCUUCACCGUUGAUGUCGACGAAUAACGCCAGCGUCGUGAGCAAUAACACGAACAUGACGAGUCCGCCCACGUCGCUUUCGGUGAACCCCACAGUCACCUUCGCUACGCCUUCGAGGGGACUCACGUAUCCUUCUGUUCCACCGCCCUCGUUGUCUUCAUCGUUUGGGUCUCCAGUGGUAACUUACCAUCGGGAUCACUCGCUCUCACCGGUUGAACCUCUCAGCCGGCGGAGCUCCAGCGCGCGACGAGGGAGCUACGAUUGGCAACCAGGACCCAGCCGAAGCCAGAGUCAUAGCCGGCGAGCGAGCGUGGAGCGUGGAGCCAGAGUUGCUGAGACAGGAACUCUUGUUCCGCGGAGCAGGGCUGGCAGUCAUAGUUUGCCUGCAACAACGGAGGGUGACGAGAUCUUUGCUGUUGAGCCAUAAUUAACUGGCUAGGCAAGUCAGCAAGCCUGAGAGUCGGAUCAAGAAACUCUCCAGGGCUGUACAUUUUGUGACGGACGUUUUGUACCGUUAUGAGUCCCUCAUCAUUGUACAUCUAUUCUUUUUCACCAUCUCCCAUAUAUCC